GUACAAAUACAAUUAAUUAUACAUACAGCACACUCUUCACACAUCAUCACCCUGCAUAUAAGAAGUCAAAUCAACAACUCCACACAACAAAUUCAAGGGUUUCCAAACUUCAAUCACAACCAAAAACCUUCAAUCCAGAGAGAUGAGGGAGAUCAUAAGCAUUCACAUAGGUCAAGCAGGUAUUCAAGUCGGUAACUCAUGUUGGGAGCUUUAUUGCCUCGAACACGGCAUCCAGCCUGAUGGCAUGAUGCCAAGUGACGAAACAGUCGGAUCUGGACAUGAUGCAUUUAACACGUUCUUUAGUGAGACCAGUGCGGGAAAACACGUGCCACGAGCCAUUUUUGUUGACCUUGAACCAACUGUCAUCGAUGAAGUGAGGACGGGAACUUACCGACAACUCUUCCACCCUGAACAACUUAUUUCCGGAAAAGAAGAUGCCGCUAAUAACUUCGCUAGGGGUCAUUAUACAGUGGGGAAGGAGAUAGUUGACCUUUGCCUUGACCGAGUGAGAAAGUUAGCAGAUAACUGUACGGGUUUGCAAGGCUUUUUAGUGUUUAAUGCGGUUGGUGGAGGUACUGGUUCCGGUUUGGGAUCUUUGCUGCUGGAACGCUUGUCUGUUGACUAUGGGAAAAAGUCAAAGCUCGGGUUCACCAUCUACCCUUCUCCUCAGGUCUCGACUGCAGUUGUGGAACCAUACAACAGUGUACUCUCUACGCACUCUCUUCUCGAACAUACAGAUGUCGCGGUCCUAUUGGACAACGAAGCCAUUUACGACAUCUGUAGGAGAUCAUUAGACAUCGAGAGACCUAGUUACACAAACUUAAACCGACUCAUCUCUCAAAUAAUAUCAUCUUUAACAACUUCAUUGCGUUUCGAUGGAGCAAUUAACGUUGACAUCACUGAGUUCCAAACAAAUCUUGUGCCAUACCCGCGUAUUCAUUUUAUGCUUUCCUCUUACGCCCCUGUGAUAUCGGCUGAAAAGGCGUAUCAUGAACAGUUGUCGGUACCUGAAAUUACGAAUGCGGUUUUUGAGCCUGCGAGUAUGAUGGCUAAAUGUGACCCGAGACAUGGGAAAUAUAUGGCGUGUUGUUUGAUGUAUCGCGGUGAUGUUGUUCCGAAAGACGUUAAUGCGGCGGUUGCUACGAUUAAGACCAAGAGGACCGUUCAGUUUGUUGAUUGGUGCCCAACUGGUUUUAAGUGUGGGAUCAAUUAUCAGCCACCGACAGUCGUGCCAGGUGGUGAUCUUGCUAAGGUGCAACGAGCGGUUUGCAUGAUAAGCAACAACACAGCGGUUGCAGAGGUGUUCUCGCGCAUUGACCACAAGUUUGACCUCAUGUACGCGAAACGGGCUUUUGUUCAUUGGUAUGUUGGUGAGGGUAUGGAAGAAGGUGAGUUCUCGGAAGCGCGUGAAGAUCUUGCGGCUCUUGAAAAAGAUUAUGAGGAAGUCGGUGCCGAAGGUGUUGAUGAUGAAGGUGAUGGUGAGGAUGAUGAGUAUUAAGUAAAUAAAAUGUUGGUUGUUGCUUUUGAUUAUGUGGAGAAACUAUGAUGUGUGGAUUGAUUUCUAAACUUAAUUGUGCAUGUGUUAUUCUUAUUAUUAUUACUACUUUGAACAUGAAAGUUGAUUAUAAUUAAUAAUUAUGAUAUGGUGGUGUGUUAUUGUAA